AAAUUUCAAAUUUUCAAGAGUACAGGGACUGGAGGCAUAGUUAGACAAAAAAGGGAAAACUAAAGGAAGAAUAUAAGUUUGUUCACGCAGAAGAGACGAAAACUCUCUAUCCCUGUACCAAAGGUGAAUUACGAAUGGAUCGCUUGGAAACCUCAAAUGAUUCGUCUUCCGGGGCUUUUCGUCUUGCCGUAAAGAUUAAGGAGGUUGUGAGGUUUUGAUUGGUGAGAUAUAAUUAUUUAGCUGAGAACUUCUUGCCGUCAUUGAGAACAAACUAAUUUAACUGGGAACAGUUCUAUUCCAUUUCUCAGCUUUAUGAUACUAGAUAGAGUCUUGGUGGUUUUGAGCAGAUUCAUCUAGGAUAACCUUUUCUUCUGAUUAAGAUAUUUAGCCAUCAAAGGUUGUUCUGGAAUUGAUUUACUAAUAUAUUGCAACCAAUAAGAUAUUGAUGGGGGCAUUCUUAAGUCUAAACAAUUCCAGGGCUGGAAUGAGUGAGCCCUUAGAUGUUUCACAAAAUGGAACAUGCAAAAGGCAGAAGUUGUCAUCAUGUCUUUCUGAAGAGAAUCCAAGAUUGAUUCCUAGCCUUCCUGAUGAGAUAUCUUAUCAGAUUCUUGCCAGAAUUCCGAGGAUUAAUUACUUGAAUGUGAGGUUAGUAUCUCGAGCCUGGAAAGCUGCCAUCAUGAGUACUGAACUUUUUAAUACAAGGAAAGAACUAGGAACAACAGAAGAAUGGCUCUAUAUAUUGACUAAGGUUGAAGGUGACAAGCUUUUGUGGUAUGCUUUGGAUCCAUUGUCAAGAAGGUGGCAGAGGUUGCCUCAAAUGCCCAAUGUUGCUUUUGAAGCUGAAUCCAGGAAACGUUUAGCUAGCCUUCGGAUGUGGAAUGUGGUUGACUCUGGCAUAAAAAUUGCAGAUGCCAUUAGGGGUUGGCUUGGGAGGAAGGAUGCAUUGGACAGAAUGCCCUUUUGUGGGUGUGCUAUUGGUGCUGUUGAUGGCUGCCUCUACGUGUUAGGAGGAUUCUCUAGAGCAUCAGCCCUGAGCUGUGUUUGGCAGUAUAAUCCAGUUCUAAAUUCGUGGAAUGAAAUAAGUUCAAUGUCAACUGGUAGAGCCUACUGUAAGACUGGCAUCUUAAAUAAUAAGCUAUAUGUUGUUGGAGGGGUUACCAGGGGCCAUGGUGGAUUAACUCCACUUAAGUCUGCUGAAGUGUUUGAUCCUCAUACUGGUAUAUGGUCCCAACUUCCAAGCAUGCCCUUUUCAAAAGCUCAGAUUCUACCCACGGCCUUUCUGGCUGAUCUACUCAAACCGAUUGCCACAGGAAUGACAUCAUAUAGGGGAAGGCUAUUUGUGCCUCAAAGUUUAUAUUGCUGGCCAUUUUUUGUUGAUGUUGGAGGGGAGGUAUAUGAUCCCGAUGUAAAUUCUUGGGUUGAAAUGCCAGCUGGCAUGGGUGAUGGUUGGCCUGCAAGACAGGCAGGAACAAAAUUGAGUGUCACCGUGGAUGGUGAGCUGUAUGCACUCGAUCCAUCUAAUUCUCCUGAAAGUGUGAGGAUUAAGGUAUAUGAUUACCAAGAUGAUGCAUGGAAAGUUGUAGUCGGAGAGGUCCCCAUUCCUGACUUUACUGAUUCAGAUUUUCCCUAUUUACUUUCUGGUUUACUGGGAAAGCUUCAUGUGAUCACUAAAGAUGCCAACAACAAUAUUUCAGUCUUGCAGGCUGAUGUGCAAAACCAUUUUACUUCCCUAUCAUCAGCUUCAUUGAAUAGCUCACCUGGUGCACAUCCCGAGUCUGCAGAACCUGCAACAGCAUUUGAACUGGAUCUUUGGAGGGUUAUUGCUACAAGGACAACCGGAUCUUCCGAACUAGUAAGUUGUCAGACACUCAAUAUCUAGUGCCACUGUUGGACUACUUAGGGAUCUAAGUUUCAACUUUCCGAAAAUUAUUUGGUUGCCCUUAUUUGUUUCACUAGAUCUGUUGAUUUUACAAGCGGCACAUUGAAAUUGUGAUUUAUGUAAGUUAUAACCUUUACUCUUGUAUCCUUGUAUAAUAUAAAGCAAAGGAAUUCUCUUGAACUGGAAAACAA